GAAAGCAGUUCAGGGCGCGAGCCAAAGGCACACACACCCACCAGCAGAGAGCAAGACUGCAUUAUUCAACGGAUCCUCUUCUCCACACUCCUCUUGGGUACGGCACACACACACACACACAAAUACACACACACACACACACACACUUCCAGAAAGGUCCUGUACACUCACUUUUAGUCCCAGCGCAAGGCUGCAGUCGAGAGGGUCUCAAACAACCGAGCCAGUGACUCACCCCCUCUGCACCUCUUGCUGAGCUAUUAUUGCCAUGGAAACCCCGAGCCAGAAACGCGCCAGCCGUGGCACCACCCUCUCCCCAGCCCGCAUCACCAGGCUGCAGGAGAAGGAGGACCUGUGCAACCUCAACGACCGCCUGGCGGUGUAUAUUGACAAGGUGCGCUCGCUGGAGUCAGAAAAUGCUGGCCUGCGGCUGCGCAUCACUGAGUCCGAGUCGUCGGUCAGCCGCGACCUGUCGGGCAUGAAGGCGGCCUAUGAGACGGAGCUGGCUGACGCCCGCAAAACUCUGGAUCAGGUGGCCAAGGAGCGAGCCCGCCUGCAGCUGGAACUGGGCAAGAUCAGGGAGGAGCACAAGGAGCUCAAAGCCAGGAACAAUAAGAAGGAGUCUGACCUGGAGGCGGCUCUGGUCCGACUGAGGGACCUGGAGGCCCUGCUCAACUCUAAAGAUGCUUCCCUCAACACUGCCAUGGGGGAGAAGCGGGCCCUAGAGGUCGAGGUCAAGGGUCUCAAGGCCCAGUUGGCCAAGUUGGACGGUAGCUUAGCCGAUGCCAAGAGGCAGCUGCAGGAUGAGAUGCUGAGGAGAGUGGACGCGGAGAAUCGCCUGCAGACUGUGAAGGAGGAGCUGGAGUUCCAAAAGAGCAUCUACAACGAGGAGUUGCGUGAAUCCAAGCGUCGGCAUGAGACUCGCAUUGUGGAGCUCGACGGCGGACGGCAGCUGGACUUUGAGAGCAAACUGUCCGAGGCCCUCUCUGACCUGCGAGCUCAGCACGAGGAGCAGGUCCGCCUCUACAAGGAGGAGAUCGAGAAGACCUACCAGUCGAAGCUGGAGAAUGCCCGUCUGUCAGCCGACAGGAGCAGCCACUUGGUGGGAUCCACCCAUGAAGAGCUGCAGCAGACCCGUGUUCGACUGGAGGGCAUGUCAGGCCAGCUCAACCUGCUGCAGAAACAGCUGUCGGCAAGCGAGGCCAAGGUGCGGGAGCUGGAGGAGUCUCUGUCGCGUGAGCGGGACCUGAUGAGGCGGCGGCUGGAGGAUAAAGAGCGGGAGAUGGCUGAGAUCCGGGCCCGGAUGCAGCAGCAGCUGGACGAUUACCAGGAGCUGCUGGACAUCAAGCUGGCCCUGGACAUGGAGAUCAGUGCCUACAGGAAGCUGCUGGAGGGAGAAGAGGAGAGGCUGCGUCUGUCACCCAGCCCCCCGUCCACCAAGGUCACGGUUGCGCGGACCUCUGGUUCAGGCCACGGCCACAGCCACGGCAGCCGUCUGCUCCUCUCCUCAACCACCGCCUCGAGCAGCCGCAACUCCUCCGGCACGCCCAGCACCAAGAAGCGGCGCCUCAACGACAACGACAGUGAGACCUCCAGCAUGGCGGGUGGCACUGUGACCAAGACCCGCAUUAGUCAGCACGCCUCGGCCAGCGGCCGCAUCACAGUGGACGAGGUCGACCUGGAGGGCAAGUUCAUCCGUCUCAGCAACAAGGCAGACGAGGACCAACCACUGGGCAAUUGGCAGGUGAAGGGACAAGUCGGGAGCGCCACCCCCAUCGCCUACAAGUUUCCCCCCAAGUUCACCCUGAAGGCUGGAGGAACUGUGACCAUCUGGGCCGCGUCCGGCGGUGGAAGCCACAACCCUCCCACUGACCUGCUGUGGAAGACCCAGAACUCGUGGGGCACCGGCGAUCUCCUGCAGACCAGCCUCAUCAGUGCCAACGGAGAGGAAAUGGCCAUGAGGAAAGUCACACGCUCCCUCUUCCAUGAUGAUGAUGAAGAUGACGACAUGGGAGCUCACAGCACAAGCGGCGCAGACAACGAGUACAAUCUGCGGAGCCGCACAGUGAUCUGCGACUCCUGCGGGCAGACGUCGGACCGCGGCGCAGGUGUGUGCAGCAGUGGUGGGGGUCUACCUGAGGGCCUCGUGGGACAUUCCUUCUUCAUGGGCACCAAUGAGUUCAGACAGGGUCCUGUCACCAAGGCCUGCUCCAUCAUGUAAAAAGCGAACCGCACCUCUCUGGAACCCACCACCUCCUGUUGCCCACAUAGGAUAAUCAUUUUCUACCAUUUUGUCUUCAUUAUUAUUAUUAUUAUUAUUUUUGAUAUAUAUACAGUAUAUAAUCUUGAUUUAUUUUGUAUCCAGAUUAAUCUGCAGUUUAGAUUUGCUUCGAUGUUUUGGCAAAGGGCUCAGGAUUUUUCAAAUUUCAGCUUUAGAGUUUGUAUAUUCAAGUUACAUUAUUGCAUGUGGUCUGCGCUAAUGCUCGUACUGUAUCCUGCUCUAUUUGCACGCUCACAUUUAAACACACACACACACACACACACACACACACACACACACACACACACACACACACACACACACACACACACACACACACAGCUCCAUUGACCAGUGCUGGUGUUUUGAUCCAAGCUGGGGUUUUCACAUUUAAUGGCCCGGCUGUCAACACUCAACACGCACAGCUAGUUAACUCAGUCGGGACUCUGGGGUUUGUUAAUCAUGUUCAUCUCCCAGGAAAUACAGCGAUUUUCUUUUUUUAAAGAUGAUGGUUAUGUUUACAGAUUAAAUGUAUUUGCCUAGUAUCAUGCUGUGUCUAUGUGCUACAGAGAAGAUUAAGUAACUCUGUUUUUUUUUCUUAAAAUUUUGUCCAAAGAAAGCCAAAGUACUGUAAACUCAGGGUGUACAGCAGGGUUUGUUUCAACAUUAAUGUGGAUUUAGGACCAUAUGGUUGGGCAACUGUGAUGCGCACAGAGAUGAAUAUAUAUAUUUGUUUUGUCCUCAGUUCAUUCUUAAACCCCAGGGGAAAUAUUUUGGUUGUAUUAUGGAAAAUCUGUACAGGAAUUACCGUUUUGCUGGAUGAGUUGAUUAAAUCUCAGUGUCUCAGCUAGAUGUGCAUUUAAACGUGUCGCCUUAAUAAUUAUUAGUUAUUAGUUAUGUCACGUUGAAAGAACAUUGUAGAAUCAGUCGUCUAUCUGGGGAAAAGAUUUAGUCACUUUUUUUGGUGCCAUAUACAGUAUAUAUAUUUAUAGGAAUCCUCAGCUAAUUCAAACAAAGAAACACUACUCUAAAAGAGAACUGUUGCUGCUCUUUAGACAGUGGACACAAAAUAACAAACGCACCUUCAGAGAACGGAAACAAAAGCAUCAACCGUCACCGUUCUCUGCUCACAUGCCUCGUUUUGCAGUCCCGUGACUGUCAGCCGUCCUCCGGUUUGUGUGGCUCCUAAAAAACCUGGUCAUAAGGGCUUAUUCUUAUUUUCUAUUUUCUCUUCUUUUCUUUUCCUCUAAGCUUACUGGCUUUGCAAAUCCGCAGGCAUGAUGUUGGGAUCUGAGGGAGACUUUGGGGUUUGUGUGCUUUGUGACUUUUGCCUUUAUGCACUGCUUUUUUUAUAUUAAGGGCCUUUUCCAAUCAAGCACAGCAGUUAGAUUUAUACUGUAGUCCGGCAGCUUUGGUCAUUUGUACUCCAGAGAAAAGCAUAUUAAAGCAUUUUAUAGAAAAUACUUGAUAGCUGUUUUAGGAUUAUUAAUUUUUUUUACUAAAUAGAUGGUAUUUCUGCCAUGUUAGAUUAUUUUUUCUUUGCCUUAAGAUGUCUGACCUUGACAUCAUGACCCCCACAGUGCCUUAAGAAGUCCAUGACAAACUCUUAUAUCCUCCGUGACACAGAUUCACAACUGACACAGACACAGUCUAUGUUUCAAGUACAUAGGGUUCACGAGUCAAAUUCACGAGUUGUGCACAACUAUUAUCUCAAUCAUCCCUCCCCGAGCAGCGAGUUUGUGGUCAGGUUUUUUUUUCAGACGCCUGUCUGACUAAUCAAAAACACUUCAACAUUUAUAUGCAAUGUUAUUUUGAGUUAACGAAGACCCAGGACACUUGCAGACUUGGAUCCAAACCACAGAUGUGUUGUAUGUGACAAACGCUUGAAAGGCCUUUGUAAAAAAUUCUCAUGUGGCCUCAUGAAUCAUUUGAAGGACCCAAGGAUUUAUGUUACCAAAAGGGAUUUCUUGUUCUAAUUAGCUUGAAGUGGGAUUUGUGUCAGGUCUAUUCUGUUAACAUUAUGGAGAAGCCAUGCAUUUGGAUGAUGUAAUGAAUGUCCUUUUGUGUUUUCUAAAAUAAAAGAGUAAAACUGUU